CAGGUGGACAGUCAGCUGAUUCCACCAACAACAGGAAAGGGAAAUCACACACCAGGCAUGUUAAACGGCUAACUCAUUUGUGCAUUUGUUUUAUUUAAUAAGAGAAGGCUCCAGACUUCAAAGAUGUUCGGUGGAGACGACGAGGACGGUGACUUCUUGUCUCCCACAGGAGGAGCCAAGUUGGCGUCUUUGUUUGGCCUAGACAGGGAGUCUAGUCAGGGAAACGAGUCGUUCCAGUACACGGCUCCCAAACAGCCCAGAAAAAGCACCAAUCCAGCGCCAUCCAAUCAGAAAGCAGCUCCACAGGCUGGAGCUCCGGCCGUGUUGUUUGCCACAGCAGUCCAAGCUUUCAGAUAUAUUAACGACAAAUACGUGAAGCAGGGGAAACUGGGAGCAGCGGUACUGGGCAGCCACACAACAAAAGAGUACAAGCUGCUUCUGUACUUGAGCCAACAGAAACAAGUGACCACUGCCAAGAUUCACGUGGGCUUUGUUUUCACCGUACAGCCAAACAAUUACUGCACUUUUUAUGAUGACCAGAGGCAGAACUGGUCCCUAAUGUUUGAAUCGGACAAAGCUGCAGUGGACUUCUGCAAAGAGAUAUGUUUGGCAAAAGCAAACAGUUCACCCUCUUUAGAUACUGUGGUGGUUCAGGAUCUGAGUCUUGGUGAGGGCCAAGGGGUGGAGAAUGGAGACUCUCUGGAGGUGGUGUACACAGGCUGGCUCCUGCAGAACCACACCAUCGGACAGAUGUUUGACUCCAACCACAACAAAGACAAGCUGCUGAGACUGAAAAUUGGAGCUGGGAAAGUGAUCAAAGGCUGGGAGGAAGGGAUGUUGGGGAUGAAGAAAGAAGGCUCUCGACUCAUUGUCAUCCCACCCAGUCUAGCUUAUGGAUCCAAAGGAGUCCCAAAUCGUGUCCCAUCUGACAGUACACUUAUCUUUGAAGCAGAGCUCCGACGGGUAAAGUUUUCCAAGGACAGCGGCUCUGAUCGGGCCAGUGCCAGCUCCAGAGACUCUGCUGCUCCCUCUCCCGCCCCAUCCACAGCUCCCAGUGUACAAAAUCCAACCCCAGAGCCUCCCGUACAGCCAGCUGCCUCAGGUCCAGGCAGACCAGGGGAACCACCACUUCGUGCAAAAUCAAACUCUCUGAGUGAACAGCUGGCUAAUCCAGACGCCACCAAAGCCAAGCUAAUUUCUCGCAUGGCUAAGAUGGGUCAACCCAUGUUGCCUUUUAUGACAGAAGUGGCCGGCCAUCCCGAGUCCAGUGACUCAGAGCUCGAGGACACCAGUGGCAGCAGAGCAAAGGAUCAGGCUGCAGCUUCAUCUCCAGUGCAGAUCACUUCUGCUGCUCCAGCUUCUGCAUACGUACAUCCUCAUCCCCACAAUGCUCAGAUGUCUGCCUUACUUCCAGUUAUGACCACUGUUGGCCCACAGCCUGGUCUGCCAGGCAGCAGCCACGCCUUCCAGCCUUACUCCUACACACAGACUUCUGCGACUCCGUCUCAGCUGCAGCCUGUGGGCCAGGUCUAUCCUGCACAGACCGUCCCCUACAUGGGCUCUGGGGACGUGACUUCCUUUUUGAUGACUGAGGCCCGACAGCACAACACAGAGAUCCGGCUGUCAGUGGGAAAAGUAGCAGAUAAAGUGGAUCAGCUGGCCUCAAAGAUCGAUGACCUUCAAAGGCAGGGAAGUCUUUCCAUGGGUGUGCCUAAUAUGUCCAUGGAAACCUCCAUGAUAAUGCACAAUAUCCAAAGAAUUGUCCAGGAAAAUGAAUGUUUGAAAAAAGAAGUCUUUGAGAAAAGCGCUCGCAUUGAGGAGCAAAACCAUAAAAUCGGGGAGCUCAUCAACCAGAACCAGAGGUACAUAGAGCAGAGUCACCAGCUGCUGGAGCAGAGGAAUGACUCCCUCAAGUCAUCCAGUGACCAGAACCAGGCCAGACUACUGCAGGCUGAGCAGGACAAGCAUGCACUGCCUGUGGACCUAGGCUCCGGCCAGGUUCGUCUGACGGAGGACCUGGCUUUGUCGGCGUCACGGGUGUCUCAGCUGCAGCUAGACGCUUCAGCUCACCAGCAGAAAUCCAUGGAGCUACAGAAUAAACUCGGCUCAGCGCUGCAGGACAGUGAGCGCCACUGCCAACGUAUUGCUUCCCUGGAAACACAGCUGGACGAGCUGAAGGAGGUAGCAGAGAGGGCCCAGACUCAGUACCGCUCAGAGAAGCAAAGACGCAAAGAGAUGGAGCUGAAAGUGAACACCAUGGAGGAGGAGCUGCAAGAUCUGAAGACUGAUAAAGAGAGCCUGGAACGAGCGCUUUCAGAAAGAAAGAAGAAAUGGCAGGCAGAGCGUCAGCGUCGGGAUGAGGAGGUGGAGGAGCUCCGCAAGAGCAGCCAGCAGGAGCUGGACAACCUCAGAGCUCAACUUCGCAAAGCCAGGAGCAGCAGUGACAACGCUGUAUCUGAGCAGUUGUCUCAGCUUCAGCUGGAGCUGGACGAGGAGUGGAAAAGGAAGUGUGAUCAUAUGCUGACUUCAGCUAAAGAGCAGCACAGAGGAGAGCUGGCUGAACUGACAGAGCAGAGAGAUGAGCUACAGGACAAGCUCAGUCAAUUACAGGAAAAGUUUACAGCUCUCAAGCAGUCAAGAGAUUCAGAAGAACAGAGUUUGCUACAGCACGGCAAUCAGAGUGAAGAGCUGCAAGCCCUUCAGCAAAAGUAUGCCUCCUUGGAGCAGCAGGGAGCGGCGGUCAGGGAGAAGCUGGAAAGCAGAGUGGCUGAACUGGAGAGACAAGUGGAGGAGCAGGACGGUUCAGGAGACACUGCAGCAGAGGUGAAGCGUGUGAUGAACGGAGUGUACCACUCUCUGCGAGGGGAGUUUGACCUCAGUGAAUCCUACAGCGGCCAGGCUGUGCUGGGGGUGAUUGUGUCUACCAUUAAGAAUGUAACUUUGCAACUCCUCAGUGGCACAAACAAAUCUGCACUGAGACCACAUAAGGAGGAGGAGGAGGAAGCAGAAGAGGAGGAGGAAGAAAGUGAAGAUGUGAAACAAAGCGAGGAGAAACCUCUUCAGAAUGUGAAUGGAAAGAAAGAAGAAUCGAAACAGGAAGAAAAGGAGGAAGAAGAAAGUGUGGCUGACUCGGGUUCUCUCCAUGUCAGUGAGGUUCAGGUGGAUCAGGAUGCAGCCUCAGAGAACGAGACCGAGACAGUCCUGGAGUCAAAGACACAAAGCCAGGCAGAGGCUUCAGCAGCCACUGAUCUCCAUUCAGUUUCCACCACUGCACCUGAACCACAAGAGACGGCAGCAGCAGAGUCUGAGGUCCACCAUGAGCAGGGGCAGCCCUCUGCUCCUGAAACCUGUGAAGGAAGCGAGUCUGCACAUCCAGAUGAUGGACCUGAUAAGAGUUUACCACCUGAGGAUGGACAGGCAGUUGUGUCCGACUCUAAAGCUGCUGUGAGCACUGAGGUGGGCCCAGAGAGAGCUCCUGUAGAAGAGCUAAACGAUGCUCCUCACAAAGCCUUCGGACCCCCAGCCAACCCUCCUCCACCACCUAAUAUGCUUCAGACCAAUUCAGGAGAGGACACAAGUCUGACUGGGGGAGUUGGUGAGGAAAAUGGAGAGGAGCCAUUUUUCCAGAACAUAACUCGUGCCAAACCCCCAGCAGCACCCAGUGAGGAGGAAGAGGAGGAUGAGAUGAGCCUGAAGGGGCGUCCACCACCCGCCCCUCUGUUUGGUGAGGAUGAGGAUGAGUUGGACUGGCUGAAUUAACGUGGAACCAAAACGAUGCAGAAAGCGGGCAUCUUUCAACGCUAAACGCAGCCGUGCUUUACCGGCUGAUGAAGUGGAUGGAGCUGAUGGAGGAGAGAGGAUGCAGAGAAGCCUCUACUGAUGGACUUGAGGAGAGGUCGGACAGCUUCUCUUCAGCUGCAGACACAGCGUCCUUCACAAGCAACACCUCGGUCUCAGGCUCUGCUUUCAGGUGAAAUACAAGCCUGUAAUUCAUGGAGGAGUCAAAGCAAAUACUUUGUGUUCAUGAUGUGCCUGUGACUUGUUGGUGACGCAGCUGAUUGAAAGAUUUGUACGUGGAACUGUGGCGGGUUAGUUUGUUGAAUCAGCAGGAAUACGGUUGUCUAUGAUUUCAGACUGUACUAUGACAGAUUUUAAAUGAUUAGCUUGGAGCUUAAAAAUAGAACUUUUACACAGUUUGCUAACUUGAAAUUCAUUCCAUAAAAUAAAUGGCAUGGAGAAUGUGA